CCGCCGGGAGUCCGGGCGCCGCAGGUUACACUUCUGAGCGCCUUCUGCGUUACACUUCUGAGCGCCUUCUGGAAGCCACAGGGCAGCGGAACCUGUGCGAGGAGCCGGUGGAGGGAGAGCAGGCAGGCCCAGCUUAUGUGCCAGCCCAGUGACAGACAUAAAAGCGUAAAUCAGGCUGAGGAUGGUGCGUCCGGGCGCUCACGUGUAUGUAGACCCACCGGCGUGUCUUUCUGCCGUGUGGGUACCUGUAGUGUGAGUGGCUCUGGGCGUGGCUGCUCGUAGGACGUUCAGUUUCUGUAAGAUUUAUCUCGAGGGGCCUACCUUUCCCUGGCUCCAGAGGGGGAACGUAAGAAGUUUAACGGAGCCGAAUCUAAGCAGAUUAAGGGAACAGCGGCUGGGCCGGAGAGGGUGCGGACUGCAGGUGCUGAGGGGCUAGGAAACCACGUCUUUGCCCCGUCUCCCCCGGCAGAAAGGCCUUUCGGCAAGACUGGUGUGACAAAGGUGGCCCUGAAGUGUUAGAGAGCCCGGGCAAUUAUGAUCGCUGAGUGAGUGGCCCUGGGCUGAGCCUCAGCAGUUGACUGAUAGAAAGGGAUGCUAGCAGUUAGGAAGGUAAGGAGGAAACUCAGGAUGGGGACCAUCUGCUCCCCCAGUCCCAGCGGGACAAAGACAUUGGAGGUCUGCAAUGCUGACUGGAUGGCCUCGCUCCCUCCUCUCCUCCACAACGUCCCCCUUUCCAAUCUGGCAAUCCCAGGCUCCCAUGAUUCAUUCAGUUACUGGGUAGACGAAAAGUCCCCAGUGGGGCCUGACCAAACCCCAGCUAUCAAACGCCUCGCCAGGAUCUCCUUGGUAAAGAAGCUCAUGAAGAAAUGGUCUGUGACUCAGAACCUGACAUUCCGAGAACAGCUGGACGCUGGGAUCCGCUACUUCGACCUGCGUGUGUCUUCCAAGCCAGGGGAUGCCGACCAGGAAAUCUACUUCAUUCACGGGCUUUUUGGCAUCAGGGUCUGGGAUGGGCUGAUGGAGAUUGACUCGUUCCUCACACAGCACCCCCAAGAGAUUGUCUUCCUGGAUUUCAACCACUUCUAUGCCAUGGACGAGGCCCAUCACAAACGCCUGAUUCUCCGGAUCCAGGAGGCCUUUGGGAACAAGCUGUGCUCAGCCUGCAGUGUGGAGAGUAUGACGCUCCAGACGCUGUGGGAGAAGAAGAGCCAGGUUCUCAUCUUCUAUCACUGUCCCUUCUACAAGCAAUACCCCUUCCUAUGGCCUGGAAAGAAGAUCCCAGCGCCCUGGGCAAAUACCACAAGUGUGCGCAAGCUCAUCCUCUUCUUGGAGACCACGCUGAGUGAGCGCUCUCCCCACGGAUCCUUCCACGUGUCUCAAGCGAUCCUCACGCCCAGAGUGAAGACCAUCGCCCGGGGCCUGGUUGGCGGCCUCAAGAACACGCUGGUCCAUAGGAAUCUUCCUGCCAUCCUGGACUGGGUGAAGACUCAGAAGCCUGGAGCCCUGGGUGUCAACAUCAUCACGUCUGACUUCGUGGACCUGGUUAAGUAUCUUCAGUGCUUCUUACCUCAAGAUCACUCACAAAGGAGCUUCCUGAACUUUUCUCACCCAGGCCAGAUGCUGCCACGGUCCUCCUCCCCUCCACAGGACCACGCAUCUCAGGACCAUGAGCGACCUCUGACUCUACUAUAGAUGCUGUAGACGUCCUGCCCCCCACCCCAGCCCAUCACGCUGGGGACGGUGUUCGUGUGUGGGUGUGGUCCAGACCCGAGAAGCCACUACCAAGCCGUGCACUGGAACAGAAGAUGAAAUGGGUCAUGAAGAGCUCUCGGUUUUUAAGGAAAACCCUCUAGAAGAGCGAUGAAAAGGAAGGUGCUAGAAAGAACACUGGCCACGGGAGUGUGUGUACUUCAGUGCUCCUCAGAACUCUCUGAGAAUCCCUAAGGAAGUGUCGUCUUCUGGAUCCUUAAGGCUGAAAGAUAACACGGAAUCCCGGACGGCUGUGUGCCUUUAUACAGAUGGUUGGACCACCUCCCAGCACCUUCCCACACCUGUUCUCCGAUGCUCAUGGCUGGAUUUUGCAUGUUGCCUGCCGUGGGGGUGUCCUAGCUGAGCUGCUAAGAGCACAUGCACACCCCCGACACUUGGUCUUCCAGCCUUUACAUUGCUUAAAGUAAUUUAAGCCCCAGCCGAGGACGUCACAACGCAAAGGCCUCUGGUUUAACUGUUCCUUCUCUUGCAUUUGAAUCCCUCUCCAGAGAUGGUUCUGGGAUUUUAUUGUCAGUUUUUUGAGGGCCUUCUCUGGAAAGGAGUGAGAAAGUGAGUACCCUCACUUUCUUAAUUUUCCUUCGAUUCUGAUAUUAAACUGCAGUGACAAGCUCUGAAAUUCCCUAGCCUACCCUCAGGGUUUUAUUUGUGUUGUCAUUAUUUCAUUUUUGUCUUGAUUUUAAUACUUGGUCAAUUGCUAGGGGCUAGAUCAUUUCCCUACUUCAAGCCCUUUGUUACUUGGCAAAGAGAUAUGGAGGCAAGAGGAGAAUUAUUCUGCUCUGUUUUACUUGAGCCUUAGCUUUGCCCAGACGCUUGGUGCUAUGAGGCCAGGUGUGUUGACAGGUAUCUACACAGGAUGCCAGUGACACCCAAGGGCUGCUGACUGUUCAGUGAAAUGUUUACUUGAUUUUCUCCUUUAGUGUUAAAAUAUAUCGUUGCACUUCACUUGGGUUGUAACAUUUAAGUGCACCUCGAUGUUCAUGACGAAAAAGCACAGAAAACCACACCAAGGUCGCACGCAUGGAGUCUUGCUUUUUGUGGAGGGGCCAGGCGCUCACUCCUUCCUGUUGCUUUGGGUUGCCAGCCUGGCCUGCAUUCUGAAAUUCUGCACAAGAGUUCUGGAAAAUAGGAGGAAGAUUAUUUACAGUUCACCCUUGGUAAACACCCCUGAAUUGGCAGAAUUUCUGCCCCAAGACAAAGUUGCUUAAUAUAUUGUAAAGGAUGUGUGUGUUCUGCUCCUUGACCUCAGGCCAAGCAGGAGACUCAGUGAUGGGACCGGGGGAAGAGACACUUUAGGUCUAUGACUCAUUCUGCAACUGCCAACAAUAAAAAAUUGUGACCUGAUCACAUCGCUUAUUCUCACAAGGUCUUGGGAUUUUUUGGAUCAAACAAGGCUAUCAUAUUUGCUCAGAAUGAACUUCAAGAUCAGUGAAAAAGCUACUUGAUUGAGCAAAAGAGGACUUUAGUUUCACAGGAUUUGGGGCCACAUUCAUUCUGAAAUGUAGACUGAGAUUUUCUUGGGCUCCCAGGACCACUUCCCACAUGGCCACACCUCCAUGGCUUCAUGGCAAAGGGGACAGUCACAGGUUGCAGUUAGAGUAGAGCAGUGUUUAAAGGCUUGAACUUUGAGCCUUUUAGAGGUACCACUGUGGUUUCAUGGGUACAGAAGAUAUUCUUAGGAUUGGAGAAAGAGGUCAAGAUGGAAUUGAUGGAAGGGAAUGAUAAAUUAUUGAAUACUAAACUUUAAAUUAAUGGCACAUCUAAAAGGGUUAUGCCAAAAAUAUUACGUAUUUGCUGUAUGAGACUCUAUAGUAAUUAAGUGUAAUUAUUUUCCUUAGUGCUGAGUCCAGACCCCUGCAUUCUUGAGAACAGUUAAGCCAUAGCCCCAACCCAGGAUUUUAUAUAAACGCAAACAAAAACACAAGAUCUGAGCCCAGGUAAUGAUCACCCUUAAGAAUCCUACUUCUUCUAACAUGACCUUAUAUUCUCAUCGAAAAGUUUAUAUUUCUAGGGGCUUCCCUGGUGGCGCAGUGGUUGAGAGUCCGCCUGCCGAUGCAGGGGACACAGGUUCGUGCCCCGGUCCGGGAAGAUCCCACAUGCCGCGGAGCGGCUGGGCCCGUGAGCCAUGGCCGCUGAGCCUGCGUGUCUGGAGCCUGUGCUCUGCAACGGCAGAGGCCACAACAGUGAGAGGUUUGCGUACCACAGAAAAAAAUGUUUAUCUUUCUGUUCAAUAAGACAAUGUAGUGGAGCAUUCUGGAAUUAAAUGCAUUUCAUGGUGGGUCAGGAUUUUCUACUUUCAUUUAUUCUGAAGUGCUGCCCACAGAGAUAUUAUUAUUACAUACAAUCCAGCUAGGGGGCUUAGUGCUAAACUAAAGGUGGAGAAACAGAAGAGAUUAAGCCUGAGACGAAACUUUUGCUUCCUAGGAAGCAAAAGCGUGAUACAAAUUUAGGCCAUCUUACAGAGUUAGUUCAUGCCACAGAUGAAGUUUCUGUAAUGGCCUUCAUUGGCUAAUUGCAGACUUUCACUGAUAGGUUCUGGGAAAUGGAACGGGCUAAUGAUGGGAACACAGCCAUGAGACCCCCCCCCCUCCCCUUGCAGAGCAGAGAAGCGAUCCUGGACUAAAUCUGCCUUGGGUCUUUCAUCUGGAAUAAAAAUGCUGUCUGAUGUUUUGCAAACCACACUCAACUAGCUCCCCCAAAACAUCAGGUCCCUAAUAAUUAGGUUAAAUGCCUGUGUGCAGAGCGUGUAGAGGGGCAGUAGUCUUCCUUGUGUGAGAUGUGUAGAGAUGUGUAGAGAGCUCAUUUAUCAAGAGAGUGGCUUAGGACGACAGACUUGUCCACCAGUGGCACCUUUAGUGACCCGUCAAAUGAGAUGAGUAGGGCUGAAAGCAAUAUCUGAGCUAGGGAGGUGAGCUUUCCCAAAUACAUGCUAAAUAGUCACGUUAUGCCAAAAGGAAAUAAAUAGAAACUGAAAACAUAAAACGUCCAAACUGACAGGAAGUUUAUAUUGUAUGGCAUAGAACGUGGCUGUCCCCCUAAAUUCCGCCAACUUCCCUGUACAUCUAUCUCGCCCCUCUGCCUCAGACUGCUUCCUAAUAUCUGCUACCAGAGCUGUGUCAACUCAGAUGUUGCCUUGGGACACACAGGAGUGAACUGAUUGGGUGAUAAGUGAAUUAGCUGGAAACUUUACCCUUAAUUCCAAAUGAUAGUGAACAGCUCUUUACUGCUCCGAGAGCUCCACUGUCCCCUUAUCCUCUGGCUUCCCCAGAGUCCUACUAGAAAUAAUGACACUAAUGGCACUGUCAUCACUGAAUUGGCCCUAAACCAGGGGAAUAGUGGACAAAAUGCUAUUGAUGUUGUUGGCACAGUCUUAGACACUAAAAGUAUCCUAAGAUAACGCUCUCUACCCUGCAGUGGAUAUAGUGUUCUAGUCUUUUCUCCAACAAAACUUGUUCUUAGGACUUUUCAAACUUGUUUCUAAGCCUCAUAGUUUGGAUAAAAUAUUUUCCUUCCCUUCACUGGGAAUCCAAUCCCACAGUCUACUGAGUACCCCCCAUCAAUAGUCUAGAGGCAUUUUCCAUAUCUUUCCCUCUCAUCUCCGUCAUGGAAUAUACCACUGCCUCCUCUUGUCUCCUGGUCACCCUUGACCAGCUGCUGAUUACUGUUAAUCACAGGAUGCUGGCGAAACUUACAAUAAAAAGCACAUACAUUCAAUGAUGUGCAAAUACACUCUUACCACAGUGGUUUUUGCACCUUACUCUCCUCAAAGGCAUUAUUCUGCACCCCUACUCAAACCCCAUCAAUAGAACUUUACCUGAUUGGACCCCAGACCUGGGGCCAGUACUUCAUUCAAAUAGUUGGGGCUUGUCACAAACUCUGAGCCCAACGAGAAGCACAGCAUUUUGAAAAGUCAAAUAAGCCUUCCGUAGCUUUGUACAUUUGCAGUUUUACAUUUGUUAUUAGGUUAGAGCACUAAUAACACUUCAGUCAUAAAUCUAUCCUAUCAAUAUGAUAAAUCUUAGAACAUAUUCUAGAAACAGUGGUACCUUACUGCUAUUAUACUUACUAAUUUCCACCCUAAUGGUAAUAAGUAUUACGUGCAGAUCAUGUAUGCAUUAUUUGUAUUGUGUAUAUGCCAACUGUAAUCAUUAACCUCACUGAUUAGAAGGUAUAGAGAUUGUCAAAGUGAAAAUAAAUCUUGGUCAAUUCAGAUGAUAAUGUGAACCUGAUAAAUGCUCUGUUAGAUAUUAUAUUUUGUUCUUUAUGCUUGUUUUAUAUGACAAUGCAUGCUGUUUGCUAAGUAAAAAAAUAAUACAUUACACCAAUUUUUAAGGUUAGAAUGAAAAUUUUACAUAUAUGCUGCUUGAUACUCUGAAAUGCAUUUUGUGGCAUAAUUAUCUUAUUCAUAUGCAUUUCACAUGGCUUUUUUUCCCCCUAGGAAAUAAUUGUUCAAAUAUAUCUCUCUCCAUCUUUCUGGUAACCUGGAUUAAACUGCUUAAUUCAACCUAAAACAUUGUAAAGCCAGAGUACCUCAUUUUAACUGUGAAAAAAGUUUAGUAGAUAUGAUGACAUGAUAUCUUUUCUUGUAUUUGAUUUGAACUACCUAAAUAGGCUUAAACCUAAUAAUAAAUAUAAAACUUUGGCAGGCACUUUUCCUUUGUUGGUAUGCAAAUUUUAUUAUUGGCCCACUUCUAAUUUUGUUUUAAAAAGUUACAGACUCAACGUCAAUAAAAUACCUGAUUGGGCU